AUGCGUCUGACUAUUAUCACCCUUAUUUUGGGUCUCUUUGCCCUUCUGGCAUUGGGUGCCCCCUCCACUCCUAGUCUGGAUGCUCAGUCUGAUGAACAUUCCGGCAUGACCGUCUCCGAUGUCUAUUGGAAGGUGCAGGUCACCCCCGGCGCCCCUGUUAUCAUUCUCAACGGAACCGUCCAGUCUGUUUACGCCCAGCUCCUGGAACUGAACCCCAACUACGACGCGGACUGGAACAACACUGACGUCCCAUUCAAUCUUGAGGAAGAGGAAGAUUAUGAGGAUGACGAAGAGGAGACCACCGAUAUCGAUCACCAUGUUCCUUUCAAUGUGAAGCACACUGUUGACUGCAAGGGACCCUCUGGUGCCGCCCGAACCAAGCGUAUUAAGGAAGGCAUCAAUUAUCUCCACAAGGUCAAGGGUCAGCCUUGCAGCCCUCAAACAACUUGUGGUCGGGUUAGCUGCUCCUACAAGGCGGCCAUUAAGUGGUGCAACUGGGGAAAAGGCGAGCGCUGCUUACCUAGUUUCGAAAACAUUGCCCAGGGCGCUAGUGUGAUCGUGAAUGACUGCGCUGGAGUUCAUAUGGACGACAAGUUGGUUCACGGUGACCUUCACCAACCUGAUCUGUGGAGUGUUAUUGUUGAGAAGGACGAUUACAAGUGCUAG